UAAAAUCUUAGUUAUCAGUCGUUACAAUGUCGAUAGUCAUCUUUACUUGUGACCACCAGCAACAAGCAAGAUGAUUUUGAGCUAUUCAAUUGGAAUCACUUUUAGCAAAUCCCUCUGUUUGCUAUUACAAAGCAAAUCUUGUACUCAAAGAAAAAACUCAGUCCAGUUAAUUAACAGCCCAUAUCCAUGUCAAUUAUAUAGAAUAGAGCCAAUAAAGAAGAAAAAUUAGCAAAAGGCAAUAGUAUUAAGGAAGAAGAGAAAUCAUCAUACCUGUAAAGCAGAGCUAACAUAUGAAAAAGCAGAGCAUAUUAAAAGUGAAGGGACAUGCCGAUUCUCCAAUUGUAUGCGACUUUCCAAACAUUCCAAUCAUUGCUGCUUCCUCCUCUGUUUUUCCUCUCUUAUAAUUCUACUAGUCUUUUCACUAAAAUGACCAGUCUGUUUAGAUUCUAAAACAUAUGGCAGUUUCGCCGGAAACAAUGCCUGACAAUUCAUUCGUCGAUUUCCGUGCACCGCCGCCAUCUCCGAUCGCCUCAGGACGGAGAUCCUGCGUCAGGAACGAUGAAGUCCUCACUGAAUUCUUGCAAAACUCGUUAAGAGUGCCAGACCUUGUGUUACCCGAUCGAGUCUUUCCCAGGCAAAAAUCAAUUCACAAUCCUUCGAAACUCGAUUUUCAGUCAUUAGAUUCCUUGCACAAUGACUCAAUCGCGAAAAUUCUGGAUUCGGUUGCUACGAUUGGGUGCUUUGAGGUUGUUAACCAUGGAAUUUCAAGGGAUCUGAUCAAAUCAGUUUCGUCCAUCGGGGACGGAAUCUUCGGGAUUUUGCCGGAGAGAAAGGAAAAAUUGACAAGGUCAUCGGAGAAGCCAUAUGGAUUUGAGGAACUUCACGGAGAGGAGGAAAGAGAUAUGAGUGAAGAGUUUGUUUGGUGCAGAGGAAAUCAAAAUUUCAACAAGGAAAUGGAGGGAAUUUGGCCCCUUGGAUUUUCGAAUUUCAGUGAAAAGAUGGGAAAACUUUUGGAUGGCAUGGAAGACAUAGGUGGGAAAAUCCUACAAUUCCUGCAGCAGAAUACGCCUAAAAAAUUAAUCAAUGAAAAUAUUGAUGAAAUGCAAGAGGAAAAAGGGGAUUUGUCAGCAACCUCCAUCUGUUAUCUACAUAAGCAUAAGGGAAGUUUAAAAGGAGAUGAAGAGUACAUGAUGAACAUCUUGAAAUAUGAUGUGAUUAGAAUGUUGAUAAGAGGAUCUGAGUUUCCUCAUGCAUUGUGUUUACAUGUUAGCAAUGGAUGCUCAGAGUUUCAUGUUUAUUCUAAGAAAGGUUGGGUCUCUUUUCACCCUGGUAAAGACUCACUUAUAGUCACCAUUGGAGAUCUCUUACAGAGAUGGAGUGGUGGACAAUACAAACAUGUGAUAGGAAAGCCUGUUUUCCAAGGUCAAACAGAGGAGUGCGUUUCCAUGGCUUUACUAAUUUCUCCUCCUAAGGUCACCCAAGAUGACUCUACUAAGCAUGAAAAAGAGAAGACCAUUUCAAUUGGUCAACAAAUUAUUAUUGCCAUGGCAUUUAUUCUUAUUUAUAAUUUCUUCAUUUAUAUCUAUAAGAAGCUUUGAAGAAUUGAAGAUUUUCUAUAGAGUGUAGGUCAUUUUCAUCUGCCUUUCAAUUUCCUUUUUUGUGGUGUUGUUAAAUUGUACAUGGUUUUCGGAUAUGUUUAUUCAAAUAGAUGACUUUAAGAUCUUGAUCA